AUGGAAACUUCGUCGUGCCUAGAUCUUACGCCGCGUGUAUAUCUAUUGAUCAACAAUGAAGCCGACUGGCAAUUCAUCUCAAUGGUCAUCGACAGAAUUCUGCUAAUCAUAUUCGCAAUUUCGAUAUCAGUUGGAACUCUGCUUACGAUCGUAUCUGCACCAUCUAUAACCGACACCAGAGAACCGAUCACGACUACAUAUCAUUGA